AUGCUCCCUGCCGGAACACCCCCUUCCAUAAGAAAAAUCAGCGAGAAACAUGAUCGAGUGUUCGCGACCGGUUGCUUAAAUCCUGAAGAGUCUGCGAAGCAGCCUCGUGCAAACGCGGCCUUCGUGGUUCUAGCCCGAAAUAAAGAGCUUGAUGGAGUGAUACAAUCAAUCAAGAGCAUCGAGCGACAUUUCAAUCGAUGGUUCCACUAUCCUUAUGUGUUUUUGAAUGACGGAGAUUUCGAACAGAGCUUCAAAGACACCAUAACAAACUACACAAGCGCUCCUGUGGAGUUUGGAAAGAUCGAUGCGACUAUGUGGGGAUAUCCGGACUGGGUCGAUCAUGAGGUUGCAAGAGAAGGAAUCCGAAAACAAGGAGAUGCAGCAAUCAUGUACGGUGGAAUGGAGAGCUAUCACCACAUGUGCCGUUUUUAUUCGGGCUUCUUUUACAAGCAUGAACUCCUGCAGAAGUAUGAGUGGUAUUGGCGUCUCGAACCCGAAAUCAAGUAUUUCUGCGACAUCACAUACGAUCCGUUCAUCGAGAUGGCCAGGUCAAACAAGACUUAUGGCUUCACCAUUGCCGUCAAAGAGUUGAAGGAGACCGUGCCAAACAUUUUCCGUUACGCCUCAGCCUACAAACGAAAACACAACCUGAAGUCUACUGGGCUUUGGGAAAUGUUUGUCGAAAAAUCGUCGGACAAAGAAGAUUCAUCAGGAGACAAGAGAGUGAAAACAUUGCCCAAUGAGAUCUUGCAGACCGAACCCGGGCAUCAAAACAUCGAGGACAUCGACCCAGAAGCCAUGGAAGGGGAGAAGUACAAUAUGUGCCAUUUCUGGAGUAAUUUCGAGAUUGCCCGACUGGACUGGUUCCGCAGCAAGGAGUACAACGACUUCUUCGAAAUGAUGGAUCACAGUGGAGGAUUCUGGAUGGAAAGGUGGGGGGAUGCUCCCAUCCACUCUCUCGCAGCUGGGGCCCUCCUGGCGCCUCGUGAUAUUCAUUACUUCCGUGAUUUUGGCUAUCGUCAUACCACAAUCCAGCAUUGCCCUGCGAAUGCACCCGCAAGGCAACUUCCGAGAAUACCCUGGCUUGAAAAAACGACAGAGGAUGAGAAGGAACGCCAGGAGGAAGACGAAUACUGGGCGACCCCGGACCCGGCCAAAGAGAACGGAGUCGGGUGCCGAUGCCGCUGUGACACCGACAUUCGAGACGUCGAAGGAAAAGAAGGCAGCUGUCUUGCCGAGUGGGUGGAAGUUGCCGGCGGUUGGGCUUCACCUUAA